AUGGAUGCGCCUCAUGGCCCAUUCAGAGACCUCAAAUGCAAGGGGCGCCGGCGUUCCACCAAGAUGAAGAGUAUGAAAGAAGUUGGCCUGCGGGGUCGGCGGGAGCAGUACCUACCGGAGCCCCUGAACUACGAGAUCAGCCGCAAGGUGAAGGCAUCGCGAGAGCAGUACCUACCGAAGCCCCUGAAUUACGCGAUUAACCACAAGAUGAAGGCGCUGAACCCGACAGAGCACUGGGCCCAAGAACACAACCUAGGAGAGGAACUCGGCCGGCCAACGGAGGGGGUGAUGACGGAUGACACCAGCAGCUUCCAGCAACUGUACCUUGUGGUUGCCCUGGCAAAAGCGAACAGUGUCAUGGGGUUUGACAGGCCGUGGCCCAUCGACACAGAGCCGGUGUGGUGGCAGAACCUCCUCGAGGAAGGCUUUGAGAUGCAGAGAACGGGCUUCUGCAUGUGGACAUUGGCGGACAGAGUGGAAGAACAAGCCAGGGCCAGGAUGGACGAGCGCUACAGCAUAGGCAUUGCAAACUGGAUAGACGGGUGGAGAAUGAGGUGGGAUGAAGAGUCCCAAGUGGGCAGAGCAGUGCGGUGGGGGCCGAUCAACGAACAGGAGUACGAGGAAUAUGUUUUGCAUGCGGAGAACGUCCUUCGCAAGAAAUGGCUGGAGCACACCUUCCCAGUUGCAUGCAACAACUGGGCCUUGGAGAGAUACUUCGCCGAGUUUGGGUUGCAUGGCACGCCCGACGGCGAGCACCGGAGAGCCCGAGAAGAGGAAGAGGAGGCGAGAAACACCCGCCUGUCUCGGAGCAGGACGCCGCAAAGAAGGGGCCAGCCAUCGGCCAGCAGCUCGCGAGACGCGACCCGCGGGCUCCUCAACCGGAGAAACAUGGAGGAGACAGAAGAAAUGGCACUCGUGGUGAAGAAGUUCCUCCUGAAGAAGAAGGAUGCCAAGAGCUUUAGGCGCUUGGUGGACAACCCGGAGGCUUGGAGAUCAGGCCCAGGGGUGACAGUGACAACGUCCACUAGGGGGACCGAGGGAGUCGCGGCCACCGUGGGAGAGGGCUACGAGCAGCGAACAGAGACCGAGGCCGGAAGCAGAAGACAGGGCGUCUGGCAGUGCGGGAACUGCGGGGCGGACAGGACGAUGCUCAGGCUGGACACCGACUCCGACUUUGAGGACGAGACGCCAAUGCACAUGCCCGGCUUCCUCAAUGAGCCGACCUACAGCACAGUGUAUGAAACCUUGCAGGACAAGACGCCUGCAGAGUUCCAGACCAUGGCCGCCGCCUUGUCAAACUUCGUGGGCCUGGUACAUAGCGAUUUACAAGCAAUUGUGGCCAGGGUAGGACAUGAAAGAGGGCUCCCUGUGAGUGGCCCCACAGAGGACACAGAAGAAGGGACAGAAGCUCGGAGCACUGCGGAGGAGGCUGACACCAGCACGGGUGCGGCAUGCGCCCCGAGCACGGAGCCGCAAGAAAUAGAGGCUGAGGAGAUUGAGGUAGAGAUCGACGAGGACGAGGAGACCCUACUAAUGCAGACACAGGCGGAGGCAAAGGCGCGGGCCAGUGGCACCCCGAAAAACGAGGCACACCGCCGCCUACUCCAGCUAAGGGAUUGGUUGGAGGCAAGAUGGGCGGAGGGGCACCAUGUGGAUGAUAUGGUGCAGGCGGCAAUGGACCACUCCCAGUCGUUGCUCCGUGGAUCCUCUGAUUGUGCAAGAGGGCGCGAGUGGUUUGGUUUAGUACAGGUGGUGGUUCCCCCGAUCGCUCACCGCGGCCAAGGCAAGGUGCAAUGGCAGUGGCUGACGCCGUGCCAACGGGAAUGGGUGCAAGAUGUCGGCAACGAGAUCCUCCAGCUGAUCCAGGCAGAAAAAGAGGAGGAAAGGGCGAGCCUGAUGCAGCGAACCCUGACCAAGAUGACGAAGGAAUCCUCAGCCAACCCGCCAAUCGCUGCCAACCUGCAUGCUGAACUACAACGAAUGCCAGAGCAGUUUGCACAGAAGGCUGCCAGAGAGUUGUUGUCGAGGCUGAGGGCAGCUAGCAUGACAGGGGCGGACUGGGGGCAGAUCGAGGCAGUGUUGGUUGCACACUCUCUGAUUGAAGUUGAUGAAGCCAGCGGCCCGACGUGUGCCCUCAACCUGCGAGAGUGGACCAACCAGUGGUACCAAGAAGUCCUCUCCCGAAGGCCGGCUAGCGGAAAUGGUGCCUCGUCGUCUCACGAAGCUGUACCUGUGCAGCCACAAGCGGAAGCAGGCCAAGACCCCGAGGUGGAGGCCAGAGCCAGCGAGGAAGAAGCACAGGCCAGAGCUGACGAAGAACUGUACAAGUGGCAUGUGCGGAGCGCUGCGAGAGAGGCGCGGAGGGAGGACCGAGCCGCGGUCCUUGCCCAUAUGGGCUGGAGCGUGACGAGGACCAGGCGCCAGUGGAUGGAUGUGGUCCUUCACAAUGGGCGUGAAGAACACAAAAUUACGGUCCCGGUGCAAGACAAGGAAACCCUCAAGCUGCAGAUCACCCCCUACGAGACGGUUGGUGUGGAGUACAGGUACCAGGGAGUGCUACAAGACCCUGAGGUUGCUCGCCGGCAACUUCAAAACAACAUGGAGGAGCAAUACAAGCAAGAAGUUGAGCGAGAAGAAAGCAGUGCUAAAAGGAGACGUGGGUUCAAUACCGAGGACCCGGACAUCCAACCCCACUACCACAUGUGGGAGCAGGGACAGCUGACUUGGCGGGAGCUUGUAGACCGAGUUGGCGAAGAUGCUGCCUCAUUCAUAAAGGCGGCGGCGGAGGUCGACUUGAAGGACUUGGAAACGCAAGUCGAGGUGGCCCCCACGCAGCUCUAUGAGGCAGAAGGACACGGGCACCAUGCAGCGGGGGGAAACCCGGACGAAGCAGAGACUCUAUUAUUGGAAGGGCAGUGGGGUGAGUCAGACGCCAGCACCGUGGAGAUGGAUGGAGCGGGUGACGUGGCUGAGUCGCGUGAAAGGGGUAGGGACAUGCCUGCGCCGAGAGAGUAG